AUGCCUCAAUUCUCCAGCAAGGCUUACAAUUCCAUUUUCCAUGGCAUGAUGAAGGUGCUGAACAACAUCCUUCAUAAUCCCUAUCACAAUGCAAGGUUGCACAAUCAGCUUUCUCAGUGGGUGAAGGAAGGAUGGGCUGCACUGCAAGAGGUUGAUUUGAAUGUAGAGAGGUACCAGCACAUUCAGGCAGUCCUUGAUUGA